AUGCGCAAUAUUUUAUUUGGUUUGUUUCUAAUUAAUUCUUUCAAUUUAUCAUUAUCAAUUGGCUGGGCGACAUGGUCCCCAUGGAGUCAGUGUUCAAAAACGUGCGGAGGCGGAGUUUCCAAACAACUACGACGAUGCUUAACCGCAAAAUGUUCUGGAGAAGCUGUUCGAUAUCGAGUUUGUGGGCAGAAAGAUUGCGAGUCAAAAUCAAGGCUAGCUCGUGAUACAGUCUGUGGCGGAGAAGAGAUUGUCUCAAAACAACAGUGUGAAGUAGUUUGUCGCUCACGAGCCACGGGUGCCAGUUUUCUUUGGAGAGUCGAUGAUGGCACACCGUGUCAGGCAGCAACAAUUCGGGCGGUGUGCAGCAAAGGUGUAUGCCAGAUGGUUGGUUGUGAUGGUCUCGUCGGUUCCUCAUUUCGAUUCGACGCCUGCGGAGUCUGCGGUGGUCGAGGAGACACAUGUGAAAACGGGAAGUUCGUCUGGAAAGUCUCAGACGAAUACACGGCGUGCGCCUCGAAUUGCGAUGAUGUUAUUGAUUGGAGUGGAACUAGCCGAAGUAUUGAAGCCUAUUCGCAACCGAUUGUUGUUUGUGUGAACGCAGCGACGGGAAGAGUGGUCCCGGAACGAUUAUGCGCGGAUAGACCUCGGCCGAAAGUCGAGACGAGACCCUGUCCGACACUGAUAUGUCCUUCAAGAUGUCGGUGGAUGACAGCCGAUUGGACGGAAUGUGUUCCGUUCUGUGGAGCGGGCAAUCGAAGAAGGGAGGUGUAUUGUGUGCAGACUUCGCAGAAUGUCACCGUGCACGUGCCGGACGCGUUUUGCGAGAAUUCGACGAGACCGGCGUCAGAAGAGACGUGCAUGUCGUCAUCUUGUGGCCGCUGGGAGGCCGGCAAAUGGAGUCGUUGUAGCGCUUCGUGCGGCCAAGGUGUCCGUCGACGACAUGUCUCGUGCAUCGGCGGAACAGAUUGCGAAGAAGCGGUCCGGCCGCGAACAGAAGCCACUUGCUACGCGGGCAUUCCGUGCAGUUACCACGCCAAUCGUUUGGAUUGGAAUGAUCGCGCUUAUUUGGAUGGAAACUCGUUCGGAUCGAUGGACAAUAAUGAUUGGCAGGCGCCGAGACUGGUGGCAGGCGAAUGGAGUCCGUGCUCGGCGACAUGCGGCACCGGUGUGAUGUCGCGAAGCGUCGAAUGCGUCGCCGUCAAUCCGAUCUCGUCGUCGCCCAUCAAACUGCCCAUGUCCGAAUGUCAAGCUCAGGAGCAACCGAAAUUGUUCGAAUCGUGCGAGGUUCGCAGCUGUCCGCUUCAGGAAGACGCGAAGUUGACGGAAGACGAUUCGCCCUAUCAGUGGAGAUAUGGCGACUGGACGCAGUGUAGCGCGUCGUGUCUCGGCGGCAAGCAGAAGGCGGCGUUGAAGUGCAUUCAAGUGGCUUCUGGCAAAUCGGUACAGUGGUCGCAAUGCGAUGCGCGACGACGGCCGCCGGAGAAGAGUCGCGCUUGUAAUCAGCAUCCGUGUCCGCCGUUCUGGCUGAUGUCCAAAUUUUCGACAUGCUCGGCGUCUUGUGGUGGCGGAAUCGCUCGAAGAAGUGUGAAAUGCGCUCAGACUGUGAGCAAGACUGACGGCGCCGACGCCCACAUCAUCCUGCGCGACGAGAAGUGUCAUCUGAAGAAGCCUAGCGACACCGAGACUUGUAAUGCCAUUGCGUGUCCUCCUACGUGGGUAGCGGCACAAUGGUCCGAGUGCUCCAAAUCGUGUGAUUCUGGAGAACGACGACGACAAGUGUGGUGUGAGAUCAAAGAUGCUCGCGGUCGAACUUCUCGAAGGCCUGAUGUCGAAUGCGACGCCAACUCGAAACCGCAAAGUGUUGAGAUGUGCAGCUUCGGAUCGUGCUCGCGACCCGAGCUUCUCUCGAAUCGAGUUUUCGAGCAGAACGCCGAACAGAAGAAGUUGACAUUGAGUAUUGGCGGUGUGGCGACGGUUUAUCAAGGGACGAGCAUCAAAAUCAAGUGUCCCGCAAAGAAAUUCGAUAAGAAGAAAAUUUAUUGGAGGAAGAAUGGAAAGAAAAUUAAGAGUGAUGCGCAUAUCAAAGUGUCAUCGAAUGGAAAUUUGCGAAUGUUCCACGCUCGAAUGGAAGAUGCUGGAGUUUAUGAAUGUUUCACGGACAAAUCGCAAGGAAAUGUGACGCUCUACUUCAAGUAUCGCGAUUUUCCUGCUGGAUCUGAAAACUUCCGACUCACUAAUCGAAUUCCGACUGGCCGUCAGCCGGCCACCGCCAUCGCAUCUGCUAAAGUCAACGCCUCGCUGAUCCAGGCAUUGCUUGAUGCUCCGAACGAUGAGAAUGCAAAGGAAGAGUUGAGGAAGUACAGGAGUCAAUUGAUCGCGAGAUGGGACAUUGGACACUGGUCGCAAUGUCGUCAGAAGACGUGCCAUGUUGCUGGCUAUCAGGCUCGUUCGCUCGGCUGCAAAGUCUCGUUCCACGACGAGACGCGAACAGUGGACACGUCUAUCUGCGAGGCGUUGGCCGCCGUUCGUCCACCAGAGACGAGACCCUGUCAUCGUGAAGACUGUCCCCGAUGGGAGGCAUCUCAAUGGUCCGAAUGCUCAUCGGUCCGCUGUGUGUCGAGUAUGAUCGCGCAGAAGAGGAGGAAUGUGACGUGCCGCUACACAAAUGGAACCACUGUCGAUUCGUCGUUCUGCGAUGUCACCAAUCGUCCAGUCAAUACCAUGGACUGUCCAAAUCAGAAUUGCAAGGCUGAAUGGCGCACUUCCGAUUGGGGAUCGUGCAGUUCGGAAUGCGGAACUGGAGGCGUUCAACUCCGCCUUCUAUCGUGCGUUUGGGUCUCGUCUGGAAGGCCCGCCGGAAGGAACUGCGAACAAAUGCGACGACCUCAUUCAGCGCGUGCUUGUGUCGCUGACGAACCGCUGCCGCCGUGCAUGCCGACGGCCAGUGCACUUCUUCAAAUGGACGCUUCGUGCCAAGACCAAUCCCGCUUCUGUGACAUUAUAAAGCUUUUCCAUUCAUGCGACUCGCUCGAAGUCCGACAAAAGUGUUGCUCUACGUGUACAUUCAUUGAAAGAAAGAAAUUUCGAUAA